GAAGAAGCCAUGACGUUACCUACCCUAAAGUUGGCGUUCCAACAUGGCGCUGUCCUCUUUGAGGAUGGCUCAACAUUUGUCUUUGAUUGGACUCCGGAGAGUGACAACUAACUGCAAAAUAAACGACCUGUGCCCACCUUAUGCGGGUCUUCAGUCCAGAUGUUACUCUUCGUCAGAAGCGAGACGAGGUUUUGUACAUUAUGUCACUUCCAAGCUCCAAUGGGCAAACGACAAAUAUGAAGGUUUUCUCAAAAGACGAUUGCCCCGCGUCUAUGUGCUCCACCAUACUUUUUCACAAGGAUUCAAGCUUCUCUACCAAGAUGCCAAAGAGGUGAUGCAGAUAAAAACAAGGAUGGCAAGUCAUAGAAUCAAGUACACAGAUUUGUCCUAUAGGGAACUGGAGAAAGUCAGACAGUUUCGCCGAGACCUGAUCAAGACCAUCCCAGUGGCAAUAAUAGCCAUCCCUCCCUUUGCUAACUACCUAGUUUUCGUCUUGAUGUACCUUUUCCCCCGGCAGCUGCUGAUUCCUCAUUUUUGGACCCCAAAGCGGCAGGUAGAAUAUAGGCAAGUGUAUCAUUCAUUUAGGGCCCGGCACCACUGGCCCUUACUCAAAGGGCUCCAGCAAGUGAGCAGCCAGGUGAAAGAUUCUCAGCUACGGAGUCAUCUUAACCACCUGUGCUCCAAGGUACAGACUGGAGCAAACCCCAACGCGUCUGAAAUUCUUGCUGUUCGAGGCUUGUUUUCAGGGCCUCCCCUGGGUAUAAACAGGUUAAGUGGUGAUCAAAUGAGACAGAUCAGCUCAUUCCUUUUCUUGACACCCCGCCUCCCAGGGUUCUUAAUUAAACGGCGGCUACUUGGCCACGCUUCUGAGCUGACCCUGCUGGACCGAGCGCUCAUCAGGCUGGGUCCUCACCAACUCAGUGACUCAGAGAUGAGACAGGCAUGCUAUGUGAGAGGACUCAAUUCUGAUUGUGUUAGUACAGAAAAGUGUCGCGAGUGGUUAUACCAGUGGCUUGAAAUAUCCUCUUCACUGAAAGAAUCAGAAGUAUCGCUACUUUUGCACUGCCUUGCAUUUCUCUCCGCCAAUUACCCAAAUAACGGCAGCCACUCCUAACAAAGCCUGGAGCCCUCCUCUUCAGACCCUGGCCAGAAGUUACUUCUGACUCAUUUUUCCUGAUGAGAAUAUUUCAAAACAUGCUUCUCUUGGCAAAUUCAAAUUUUCUAGUUCAUGGGUAAAAUAAAAGCCCAACGCAUGUAUGCUGUAAAAUGUAAUUCCCAUUGCUGAUGCCAAACAUUUUUUCUGAGCACCUUUAGUUUUGGAUCAAAUCUUACACAGAGGCUGAUACUCCCAAAUUCUGUGAGGAUAUAAUGUGGAGUGCACUUUACAUGUUGCAGUGGUUCUAAUACACAUGUUAUUUCCUAAUAUAUCCAGAGUGUUAUUUGAUCAUUGUUUUCUGUUUACAUAUAACCACAAAUGUCCCCACAAAGCUACAGACUAGUACCAUGCACACAGGAUAAAUUUGCUAAUGGAGUGUUACCUUUGUUCAAACACAUCCCAAUUGUAAACACAGCUUUUUUGUGAACACAUUUGCAAGUUCCCAUCAAUCAUCUGCUGUAUUUGUUUUCAAUGCAUGUUCCUUAUUGUGUGCCCUGCUUAAUGUUAACUCAUGAUGGUAACUAGCAACCAAUUUGGCUGCAAGACUGUCUUUGAAGGAUAAAAUAAUAAAAGAAAAUAACCUGUCAUUACCAGUAUUUGUAAAUAUGUUCAAAUGUUUGCAAAAAAAUGUAUCUUAUUGAUCAAUCAAAGGCCUGAUUAGCCGGUAGAAGCCUAUUGAGUGAUGACAAUUUGCGUCAAAUUUGCUUCAUGUUAAAAGUCAAUGUUCACUCAUCUGGUCAGAUGAUGCUAAAAACUGUCAUUGAAGCUUUAUCUGUCCAAAUUGUGCUGACUGUACAAAGAGGAAGUUCUAAUGGAAAUACCACUUGCUCGUGUGCCCCUUACAAGGACUUGCACAUUACAUUUAAAAUGGGUUGCUGGCAUAACUUCUCAUGUUCGGUGAUGUGUUUUACAGUGCCAUGUAAUAAAGUUGUCCAAUAAAAAUGCAUCUACUCUUAAAUAAGUCAAUUUACAAAUAAUUUAAAAGGUUCUUUAAUAAAAACAGAUUGGGAACCAACAAACCUUAAAAACUACUAACUGAACAAGCAAAUUCAAAGAUUAUAUUCCUCAACCAUCAAGAAAACUGACAAAAGUAGACAGUAUUGCCUAAGAAAUGUAGAUUGCAUGCCUAAACACAUUUAAACCAGAAACACUCCUGACUUUUUAAAGCAUCCAAAAAGGAGACAUUGUUCUGUGCACUACAUCUGAUAAAACAAAGAAAAGAAUUUAGGCGCCAUGUUUAACUUGGGUGUGGACUAAAUCACAUGACCUCGUAGCCGCUACGGAUGCCUCUCAUCAGCACGCAGGCAAACACAACUCCCAUGAUCUGCAAACAGAACACAUUACAUAUUUAAAAAAAAAAAGCAUACUUGUCAAGUGUUUCUCAUGAAAGACUAGUAGUUAAGCGGUACACGUUUGUAAGUUUACAGUUACACACAUACCUCCACAAAAGCAAGAACGAGAGCUGCAAUUAUCACCCACUGGAUAUUUUUCCUCAGUAAAUCCUCGACUGCAGUGCGACAACCCUUGAGAGAGAGAAAAGCGAACAUUGUCGGUAAGACGGAUUGCCUCCUUAUGUGCGUAACAAACUCAUGUUUUUUGAAAAUGAGAACACUUGUUUAGGACGAGGUUCCAUGUAGCUUGUCAAACAUACUCCCUAUGUCCCCACAGAUCUGACAUUUGCAUUGGGUAUGCAACAAGAACAUGUUGCCAGAUCUUGAAUGGGUUACUGACAAAUUGAGGCAACGGGCCUUUGAACCAAUGCAGCUUGACUUAACAGGCUGCAGAAUAAAGUAUCUCCAACGUCCAUGUAAUAAGGCCAAACAAAGUCUAGUGUGGGACAUAUUUGAGCUAAUGGGUACAAGCUUGUGUGUUGUAUUUGAAUAUUACCUACACUGUACUACCAACUUCAAAUGUAAUGGCAGUGGCUCCCUGGACUGCACCUCAUGUUCUUGCUACUGGAUUUAGUCACUCAAUGGCAAUUUCCACGAUAAGUUCUUAUCAUAUUAUAUCAGUGUUCUGCAGUCACAGGUUUUUUUGUUGCAGUUGGAUUAUGCAUUAAAAUACAGACAUCAUGGCGGAGUCCCAGGCUCAAUUGACAUUCUGCUUUUUCAAUAACUUGUUCAGCUUUAAGCAAGGAUUACAGCAGCUAAGCUUUAAAGAGUACAGUCAUUUAAUUGCCACAGUUCCUUUUCAUCUGUAAUUUAUAUGAACACUUUUUCAAAUGCAUACAUAUUUGGUCCAAUUUUUGAAGUAGAAUGAAAUCUGUAUAAUGUAUACAGUACAGAUAGAUUUAUUUUGACAGUACAAGUUCCUUUUCCUUAAGUAUGGAUUAUUACCUGAAAAGUUUUUGAAUGGUUAAGUACUCUCUAAUAAGACCUUGAAACAUUGGCUGCUUAGAACCCAAAAUUGGAAUUAUAGUCAAUAGGCUACUGGUAUAAAAUGGAAAUGUAUACUAUAAAAUGGAAUAUGAAUUUUAUCAAUUGUUUUAUGUAUGCAUGGAGUGUACAAGGUGAAUGUGGCAGCAAUUCGGCACUUAAAUCUCGGAAUGUUACUUUUUAAUAUUGUGAAUCAGUGCACUGUUUUGAAUUUUUUUUUUUUUCAUUUUAAUAUGCCAACAGACUGGAGAUGAAAAUUAGCCAUUGGCUAUUAUGUCAAGUAUAUACAUGUCAAAUGUUAAUUAGGACAUCUUAAUCCUCCCUUUUUAAUCAGCUACAUCCAAAUCCAAUGAUCAGGUCAAUACGUAAAUCAGCGCUGAGUGCGGCGACUCCGACUGGUGUACUUACUGGCAAGUUUGACUUCAAAAUACACUUUAAAUGUUAAAGUACCACUGAUAGUCACACACACACACUAGGUGUGGUGAAAUCACCCUCUGCAUUUGACCCAUCCCCUUGUUCCACCCCCUGGUAGGUGAGGGGAGCAGUGAGCAACAGCGGUGGCCACGCUCGGGAAUAAUUUUGGGGAUUUAACCCCCAAUUUCAACCCUUGAUGUUGAGUACCAAGCAGGGAGAUAAUGGGUCCCAUUCUUAUAGUCUUUGGUAUAACUCGACUGGGGUUUGAACUCAAGACCUACCUAUAUCAAGGCGGACAAUAACCACAAGGCCACUGAGCAGGCUUGUUAUUUAAUAAGGUGUAGUUGAAUCAAUUCAACAAUGAGAUAAACAGUUUUGAGCAAAUAAAUGAGUGCAGUAAACAUUUAAAAAUGAUUCUGUAUGACAUUCUGACAAUAAAAUUGCAGUUGUGUCUAAAUAUUAUCCAUCCAUCCAUUUUCUACCGCUUAUUACCUUUGGGGUCACGAGAGGCGCUGGUGCCUAUCUCAGCUACAAUCGGGUAGUCUUUGUUAAUUUAAAUCAUGCAUGCAAGUAAUAACCUGUGAUGAAUUCAAAUUCAGUGUGAUUAAUCAUAUUUUUAAUGGUAAUUUGACAGCACUAACUAAAUAAAUGCCCGGCGACUAUGGUUACCUCUUGGUACACUUUGGCAGAAUCAGUCAUAGCCCCAAAUCCACAAUUGGUAGAGACAUUCAAGCAGCAUGAGUCAGGCACGGAGUUCUCAUCGAGUCGGAAGUUUCUCCAGUCGGAGGAGUUGUUCAUGCCACAGCAUUUCAACUGGAAGCGUAUAAUGGACAUUGUUGAGGUUCGAACAGGACCACAGGUUGAAUGUCACACAGCAGCUUAUGCAAAGGCAAACAUUCCUGCAGCACUAGGAUGCAGGCUUGUUAUGUGAGGGUGUAGUUGACUUAAUUCAACAAUGAGAGUGCAACUCACAUCCUCCUGCAUUGCAUCCACGCUCGCUUUGAAUUCAGCUGAGCUGUUGCUGUACCUGGAAAUCAUGUCCGCCAAACUAUCCUGGACGACAUCUGAGACCUUGUGGAGGACACAAGCUUUUUAUCAUCGGGCACACGAGUGGCAGGUCUCGCCCACGUUUCCAUCAUUCACUCACUUUGUUUCUGAAGAUGUAACCAGCGAUGGCCGCAGCAAUCUGAACGAUGAUGACUAGUGAGAGAAGGAUGGCAAACUGGGGGAGAGAAAAAUCCAAAAUUAAAAAUGUUUGUUUCGUCACUUGGUAGUUAUCCGACAACUCGAGUUACCAUGGUAACCAUGCAGUAGCUCUCCUUCCAGGCGCCACAGCAGCCAAAGAAAGCAACAAAGAAUAUGACCACACCGACUGCGAUGAUGACGAUGGGAGCUCCUGAAGCAGACGCAUCACUGAUCAUAAGGGUGCUGUGCAGGGACAUUUGGACCAGGACCCCCACUACGAUCAACGCAAGGCCACAUAGC